AUGGCUCUCAACAAGUUUCUACAGACCGACCGUGAGACAUACCCCUAUGUCUUCAUGAAGAAUGUUGACAUUCCCUUGAAAAAUCCUGGCAAAGGAGUCGUCCGCGGCAACGUAUAUCUGCCCAAAGACGCCACGCCAUUUGGCUCGCAAACCUACCCGGUGGUCGCAACCUACGGUCCCUAUGGCAAAGACGUGCCGUAUUCCGUCUUUAAUCGGAGUAGCUUCGACGAGGUGAACCCGCAGCACAAAUCCGCCCAUUCAGCAUGGGAAACCCCCGACCCAGGGUUUUGGACCCAGCGGGGAUACAUCGUCGUGAGAGUGGACGAGACAGGAACUGGGCAGAGUCCCGGACAAUUGGAUGUCCUGUCCCGUGCGACCAGCGAGACAUUUUUUGACGUGAUCGAGUGGGCUGCCCAGCAGGAAUGGUCAACCGGCAAGGUCGGCUUGCUUGGGGUCAGCUACUAUGCCGCAACGCAGUGGAGUGUGGCAGCCCGCAGACCCAAGGGGCUGACCGCGAUUAUUCCCUGGGAGGGCUUCAGUGACUAUAACCGAGAGGCUGUUCGUCAUGGUGGCAUCCUCGCAGAUCAAUUUAUGGAGAUUUGGUGGUCUCGUCAAGUACUACCCAAUCAAUAUGGCACCCCCGGUCGCUGGGGUGACCCGACCCUCGAAGGGGACCUGGAUUCGGAGACCCGGGCCCAAAACCUGGCUGGCUUGACCGUCAACACCGUCCGGUAUCCGUUCGCGGACGACGAUUACAACAAAUCUCGAGUGUUUGCCAUUGAGGAUGUUGAAAUCCCUCUUCUCAGCGUAGCCAACUGGGGUGGUAUCUUGCUGCACCUGCGUGGCAAUGUGGUCGGAUGGACGCGAGCGUCUUCUCGAUACAAGUUUCUGCGCUUCGUUGUCGGCCGACAUGAUUUACCCUUCUACUGGGAACAAUCGGCGGAGCUACAACGGUCAUUCCUGGAUUGCUUUUUGAAAGAUGACGACCAUGCGGGCUGGAAAACGAACCAGCCCCGGGUCUAUCUCACUCUGCGGAACAAGGAUUGCGAUCCCAGAAACGAAUUGGACCAGCCUGGUCGCGCCGAGGCAGACUGGCCUAUUCCCGACACCCAGUAUACCAAGUUUUUCCUUACGCCCAAGCGUACUCUGUCUACCAUACCCGCUGAGACAACGGGCACCUGUUCCUACGAUGCGCUCCAGGGGGACCCUAUCCAAUUCCAUUAUAAGACCAGCUCCUCACUCGAAAUAACGGGGCAUAUUAUUGCACACUUGACCAUCUCCGCAUCCCGACUCACUCCUAGUGAUGCACCCCCUUCUGAUAUAGACAUUUUCGUCACCCUGCGCAAGCUGGAUAAAGACGGGAACGAAGUGUUCCAUACAGGGACCGUCGGCGAUCCGGUUCCCGUUGUCAAGGGUUGGCUGCGUGUUUCGCACCGCAAAGUGGAUGAGACAGAUCCUCUGCACCGCCAUUACCUGCCAUAUCGCAGUUACUCCCGUGCAGAUGUGCUGCCGGUGGUUGAGAAUAACAAGUAUCCGGUUGACGUGGAGAUGUGGCCGACUAACACCGUGCUGGAAGCCGGAGAAUCACUCGUGCUUGAAAUUGCGGGUCACGACACGCAGGGUGUGGGCUUGUUUUCGCAUCAGCACCCAGAGGAUCGCGCCCCAAGCACGUUUGCCGGCCUAAACCAUGUAGAGGUCGGCAGGGAUAGUAGUUGGAUUUCACUGCCCGUCAUUCCACCGCGGAACUAG